UUGCCGCAAUCUGUACAUUCUCCUGCGAACACUUCAUAUAUAAAUAUCCAACGAUCGAAAUAUUUUACCUCCUCGUAUGGAAAGGAUUUCAAUGUUAAUAACAAUAACAAAAACAAUACCAGUGAAAAUGGUUUUUCAGGUAAUGUUAAUAAAUGGAAUCUAAGAGAUGGUGGAGGAAUGCAAAAUGUGAAUGGGUAUGAUAAUCAUUCAUGUUUUAAUACCGUUUCUCCUGUGGAAUAUCAACGUCUGGACUCCUUUUUACAAUCUAUGGGUAAAAUGGAUGAGUUCGAAGUCUAUAGUAAAUACUCUGAGGAUUACGACGUUAAUCAAUUUCUUCUUGAUGAUGAUGAAGAAGAUGAUAAUGAUAAUGAAGAAGAAGAGGAAGAUAAUGGUGAAAAUGAAGAAGAAGAGGAAGAGGAAGAAGAAGAAAAUGAGGAAGAAGAAGAAAAUGAUGAAGAGGAAGAUGAUGAUGAUAAUAAUAAUGAUAGUGAGAGCAGUAUGUGUGAAGAUCUCCCUUUUACACUUUCCCACUCGCAAGAUCUCCGGUAUGCCAAUAACGCCGGACCGGAACAAAACAGUAUGUGGAAGCCAAACCCAUCAUCUCAACAAUAUCAACAAGGAAUGGGAAUGCAGGCUUAUCCAAUGUAUACAGAAUCCACAGAAUAUAAUUCAUCUAUAUCAUUAGAGGAAGUAAAGUCUACAUUUAAACGUGUGGAUUCUCCUAACUGGUCCCUCUUAACUAAGAUGGAUAAAUCUUAG